CCUCAUUCAAAGCUGUGAAUUGUGUUGACCAAUCAAAUGGACUGUGAAGAGCGUGCAUAAAGGGUGAAUUGAGUGUUCGCAGUAGAACCUUGAAAGUGCGCCGAUCGAAGAUGUGGAAAAUUAUCAACCUUUUUGCACUGCUAUCGACGCUCUACCCGGGAACUUCAGCCGUAGGCUCCUACGUCGACAAUGCCAUCGAACAGCAGCACAAGGUUAUCAACGAGAUGAAUCAAAACUUUACCGAUCUGGAAAAAGCCAGCGAAAAACUAAUCAACCUGGGCACAUUCGUCGGAAGCCACAAAGUCCCUCCCAAAAUUGUCAAAAUUACCAAUACCAUAGCGGUGAAGGUUCCGGUGCCAUACCCGGUCAAAAUUCCACACCCCGUGCCAGUUCCGGUUCCGGUCAACAGGCCGGUGCCAUAUCCGGUUCCAAAGGUCAUCAAAAUCCCGGAUCCAACUCCAACACCCACGGCACCAAGCUAUGCAACCACACCGGAGUCACUACCAACGCCGGCAGCGUUAACAAGCAGAUCGCUGGAAUCAACCGGUGCAUCUCAUCUGCUUAUUGGGGAGCAAGAAACGGCACAUUCGACUAACAAUGAGCAGCUUCAAGAAUUUGUACAUUCCUAUCCGGUGCAUUCGGUGUACGAUGUAGGAGUAGACUACAAUCCGUACAUGGGAAAUAAGUUGACUUUCUCGAAGCAAACUGGUGCAGCCUCGGAAUCGCAACCAAUCAAGUACCAUGGGUCGGACUCGCAGCAGUUGCAUGAAUACAGAGAACCAAGGCAGAAAUAUUCGAACAACAAACAUAAUUAUGCCGGUUAUCGUUCUUCGGCUAAGCUGCAAGCAACUGCGAGGCCGACUCAUACAUAUACCGAGUACGCUUAUUCAACCGGUCAACCGGAAUCGGCUCCUUCCACUGGCCAAGGCUUCCAACCGGAGGUGAUUCCGAAUUCCUACAAGUCUCCCACUAAAUCAUCGUAUUUUUCGAAAGAAUACGAGAAAUAUCCCACUCCCAAAUUUCCAAGACCAACUAGCUCUUCGUUCCCCACUAGUCCAACUUUCAGUACCCAAGAUUCUUCGUACGCGAGAGAAGAGAAUCAUUUUGAUGGUAACAGCUUCAAGGAAUACCACCAUAAGCCUUCCUCGACGGGAACCUCCUUCCAUACAGUCAAAGAAUCUUACCCACGGUACGAACAACCAAAUUUGAAACAGUACCACUACCAGAAACCUACUGCUGAAAGCUACAUUAGACUCUCUGAAAACACAGGUCUUCAUCACAAAUCCCAAAAGUAUUUGGAACAUUAUCAAAAACCAACUGCCAUGAGCUACACCACUGCAUACCACGACACAGAGCACAAAGAAGCUGCAGAAUCCUCUGCUCACUACAAACAGUACGAACAACACGAUGAAUCUUAUCUGACAAAUGCCGAUACUUAUUCUGGACAUAAAAACCCUUCUGAACAAUACGAAACUCAUGAUCUCUACGCCAAGCCCAGUGCCUCUCCCGAGGCCUACUCUCAAUACGAGGCCAAAGAACCUCAAUAUACCCCUCAGGAGUACAAGCCAUACUACGCUAAGCCAACUCCCGUUUCUGAAGCCCUCUCUUAUUUGGAACAAAAAGAACCGUCUCAAAACUCCGAACACGUAGUUCACGUGAAGCCUCAAAGUUAUCAUUCAAAACUUUCCAAAGAGCACAAAGCUCGUUACCCUUCAAAAUCAAGCACCAUCCCUUACAACUUCCCUAGUGAUUCCCACCUGCAUCCAUCCUAUCACGAAUCGAAACACAAGCCCCACCAAUACUACUCCUCCAGCCCAGAACAACCCUCAAUUGACGAAGAUUCUCGUUCCGAACAAAAGUACUACCACUAUCGCAGCCCAAGUCCUUCCCCUUCAACCCAUAUAACCUCUUACGACCAUGCCUCGGCCAGCGGAACUGAGUACCAGUAUGCAUCACAACACCAUAAAGAAGGUUCCGAUAUGCUCGAGUCCUCCUCGAAAGAUCACCAGGCGUACGAGCGGGCAGUCGAGCAAGAUCACCAAGCGACACAUCCGAACGAGUACGCUGAAUAUAGCCACGAGCACAUGCACCAUCAUCAUCCUGCCACCGGGGACGGCGGAAGGGAUUAUUAA